AAGAUUCCUGAUUAUAUCCUACAAGAGCGAAAGGCUGUCAGCGCUUCCUUGGGGAGUUGAAAGGCAGCCUCCAGAACGACCAUCCUACGAGUCCCACUUCAAAAAGACGACUAGCACAGGAUGGCACAACACGGCUUCCAAAUGGGUGGCCAUGGCGGGAGCGCCAUCGACCCCACCGACCUCGCUAUGUCCGGCAAUUACCAAUCCUCCUUCCAGGGUAACUACUCGGGGCACAACAAUUCUUCAAACGCCUUUUCAACUGGUUCAGCCCUCUUUGGCGACGACGAACUCCUGGAUGGUCUUGGCAGCCCGACGGAGCCUCAAUCGGCAGUACAGGGCCAUGGGCAGGACUUUUCGGGCAUGAGUGAUAUGAGCAUCGGAUAUGCCCACGGUGUUUACGGCUCACAUCACGGGCUGCCGAUGGAUCAAGCUCACGUUAAUGGAUUUUCGAGCACGCCUGAUGGUGACCCCAUUCAAAGCCCAUUCGUUCACAACUUCGGACAGUAUCGACAGAUACAACACCCGCAAUCCUUUGGAGGAUCUUUGCAGUCCCCACUCUCGUUUCCCGGUUCCCCCAUGGGGGCCGAAUUGAACGAAGGCGGGGACCCAAAUUAUUUAAAUGCGAAAGCUCGCGCACGAAUGUCGCAGUCCAUGCAGCGGAAGACGUCAGGCACAAGAAACCCCCUGACCUCGAAAACGGCGCCGAUGGCCGCACUGUCCAUGAACUCUGAAGCGGGCUUUCCGAUCAGAACAGCCGGCGCCCGUCACGAAAAAUCACUGUCGGGGCAAUGGAUUCAUACCCCGAAUAGUCUGUCUUCGUUCCCCACGUCCGGUUUCUCGUCACCUCUCCAGCCGAACAUGCACUCGCAGCAAAUAAACGAUAUUCUGCUCAAAGGCGGAACUUCGAUGCCGGCUAAACUUGGCGCCACGGCCACCACUGCGUCUCCUCAAGAUCUCAAGAAGAAGAAGAGACGUGAGUCCCACAACCUCGUCGAGAGACGAAGACGGGACAAUAUCAAUGAGCGGAUUCAGGAUCUAAGCAAACUGGUACCUGGCCACCGUCUGGAAGAUGAUAAGAUACGCAAAGCAAUUCAGAACAACACGCCCCUCUCACCGACUCUGACAGGCGUACCUAGUCCUGCUCAGGCGACAUCGGCUCUUGCCGGCCCUGGUGCUCGACGGGCCGCUGGCGGAACUGCAGGGAAUAUCACCACUGGUCUCCCGAUUGAGGACAAAGACAAGCAGCCAAACAAGGGGGAUAUCCUAAACGGCGCUGUCAGCUGGACGCGGGAUCUGAUGUGGAUGCUUCAUCUCAAGAUCCAACAACAAGAGGAGCUAAUAAAUGCCCUCAUCGAUCGCGGAGGCUCAGUCCCAUUCGAGUUCACCGAAGAUGAGCAGCGGAUGCAGACCGAGCUGAUGGAGGCAAUAUCGAGGAAUGAAGAAGGCCCCGGAAAGCCCAGAGCCUUCUCAUACUCCCGCACCGCUGGCUCGGGGCUUCGUGUGCCCCACCACACAGACUACAAGGGCGAGCCGCUAAAUGGCAGCAACCCAACAGGCCAUAUCUCUGUUAGUCCUGACGAUGAUAGUCUCGACGGAGCGAGCGCAGAUCUUCUCAACUCUCGAGAAUUUAUCGAUUACGAGGAUGAUGAUCUCAAUUUCAAGGAAGAGGAUGAGUACGGCAUGGAUUUGACCCAGUGAGGUUAGAGAGGCAGUGCUUUCCUUGGAUAGGGGGCCGGUUUUCUUUUUGGGUGUCUGUUUUUCCUUCUUAUCCCCCCUUCCAUUCAGCAUUGUGGAUACAUGCCAUGAUCAUUUUACAUCCUUAUUUCAUUCUAUUCUUCCCCUUUUCAUUUUUGGCCUUUCUGCUGGGCCUGGUUUUCGGUUCUUCUUGUCUUGCUAUAACUCCUCCCCUUUUUUUUUCGUAUUUGGGUUCCAGCAUUCUAUGGGUCAUUGGAGAGCGGUGGUGGUUUGGCACAGCGGCGCAACAGCAGUCAGGUUGGACUUUUUGACAUAGUUGAAA